UAUAUAUAUAAAAUGCAAAAACAGUGCGUCUAGGUUUACUGUUAUAAUAGCGUAUACGCGCAGUGUUGUGUGUUUAGUUGCUUUAAACAAUAUAGUUAUUAAAUAGUAGAUCAUUUCGUUCAGCUAAACCAUAAAACAUUACCUUUAUGGCGUUGUGGUUAUUAUCGGUUACAUAUGUUUAGAAAAUGAAUGGCCAACCUGAAAUUGAAGUUGAUUAUAAGAAGAAAUAUAAAAAUCAGAAGCGAAAACUGAAAUUUUUAGUCUAUGAACAGGAAUGCUUUCAAGAAGAACUACGCCGAGCUCAGAGAAAAUUAUUGAAAGUUUCUCGAGAUAAAAGUUUUUUAUUAGAUAGACUUUUGCAGUAUGAGAAUGUGGAUGAUGAUUCAUCAGAUUCAGAAGCCACAGCAUCCUCAGAUAACAGUGAUGGAGAAGGUCAAAGAGCUACUGAAAAUCCUGGGGUAAAGAAAAGGAGAAGCAGCCCUCAUCUUUCAAGUGUUCCUCCACAUUCUGACACAAUAUCUUUGCUACCUUCUGCUGGGUACAAUGCUCUACAGAGUGGGACAAGUGGAUCUUACCUCAGCACACUGCACUUCCCUCCUGAAUAUCUAGCACCUCCUGCUGACAAAGACAGGAAGGAGAAAAAAAAUAAGACCAACAAACACAGGAAACCACAGCUGGCAAAGGUUGUCCCUACUCCACCGACUUCAGCUGCAGUCUCUUUUCCUGUGGCAGCUCCUCCAAUGCCACCACGUCCUUUCACUUCUGUACCACGGCAAAUGCUGAGCGGAGAUGCACCUGAGGAAGAGAGUGAUGGUGAAAGUGAUCGAGAGGAAGAAAGAGGAGAGGGAGAGGAAGCUGAAUUGGUCAUUGACAUUCCCAAUGAAUGAUUAUUUAUUGCAUGCUGAAUUCCAACCAUUUUGAACAAUCUGAAGCAAUAUAAAUGUCUUCUGUGAUCUGAAGGCAUUUUCAAAAAAAUAUUUGUUUUCUAUAAAGCAAUUUGAUUCACUGUUGUAAUACAUGAGUCAUUUGUGAAAUCAUUGGCUUGUCAAAACAUCCAUAUUUUUGAGUUUUUUUUUGUCAUACUGCACAUGGUUUUGUAAACUUUAAAAUAUGUGCAGUGUAGUUGAUGUUUGUUUUGUUCUUUUAAUUUAGAUCAAAUUACACUUUUGCAUGCUUUAUAAUCAAUGUAAUUUUCAAACAUAAACAGUACGAGAAGCUUUGCAGACAUGUGCAACAUUUCCUGUAAGUAAAUUAAGUCUCCUGGAAAGGAAGAAGGCAAAGGAAUUAAGAAAAAAAAAAAGAAGAAGAAGAAGCAAAUUAAGUACAUCACAUUCAGGUAUUUAAAUAGGUAUUAUGAUAGUUUCAUGCCUCUUAAGGAAAUGAAUGAGCAAGGGCAAGUCUAGUAAAGAUAAAAAGACAGCUUCAGCAGCCAGCUUAGUAAGUGUGAUGUUAGGUUAUUAGGGUGCAUGUCCAUACUUGCAGAAACAAUUAAGAAGGAUAAUAGGACAUAGAAGUGCUAAAGAAAGUCCAAUGAAGAGCAACAAUACUGACUCCAGGAUUGAAAAUUAUGAGAGAUUGAAGGAGCUGAAGCUUUUCAGCUUACUUUAAAAUGAAUUCUUCAAAAAUAAUGCAACAACAUGAAAACCUGUUAAGGGCAAAUUCUGCACAACUGUUCAAUUUUUUUCCCCCAUGGACAAUCAUAGAAGUAUGGAAUGAAUUACAAAUAAAGUGGGACUCAAGACUUUGAGUCAUUUUGAA